AGGUUAUGUUGAUAACUUUAACUUUGUUUGCUUCUUUAUUAGUUUUGAGUGAAUUAUGAAUAAAACCCUGGCUAAAUGUUGCUGGGACACUGACAUAUAGUUAAAUGAACGUAAAGGAAAUAACUAAUGUACUGAAUUUGGAAAAAAUUGUGUGGAUUUUGUGUUUAUCUUGAUCAAAGAGAUGUUUUCCUUUGCUUAUAUAUAAAUAGUAGUGAAGUGUGUGUGUGUGGAUUAGGUAUCAAUUAACUCUCGGAAUGAAAUAUUGAGAAACUUUUACUUCCUAAAGGCAUUAAUAUUAAAAGCACAAAUUUUAGUGAACUUUUUUAUGAUAUUUUGAUAUCACUAUGGCUAAUCGCGUGAGUAACAACUGUUGUAGUGCUGGGUCCGCUGAACGCGCGGGUUUGCCCGGACUAUUACGUGAUCUGCAAAGACUUUCUGAGGACCAGGAUUCCGCUGAUAUAGUGUUCAUUCUUGGCACGGCGGAGGAAAAAGUCUACGCCCACAAAAUAAUAUUAUUUGCAAGGUGCAAAAGUUUUCAAAAUACGAAACGCGGUGAAGUGUGCCGAAUCCCAGGAUGCACAAUAACGCCAUCUGUGGGCACCCAGCCCACACCAAUAAGAAUGCCUCAUGUUCAGCCCGAAACCUUCCGACUUUUUAUACAAUACGUAUACACGGGAAAGCUUUUACUCCAUGAUUCGGGAGUAUUCGAAAUGAUGACACUAGCAGCAGAUUUAGGAGUAGAAGAUCUACGUGCCGCUUGCGAAGACCAUGUUACGUCUACGUUGAGCGUUGAAAGUGCCUGCACAUUGCUUGCUGCCGCUAUGGAAAUUCAAGAUAGACCAGGUGGUAAGAGUGCCUCAUCUUUCAUGGAGCGCUGCAUAGCCUUUGUUGGAGACAAUGCAGCGGACUGCAUUAAGACCAACGCCUUCCUCAACCUGCCCAAGGAAGCUCUCAUCAAGCUGAUAUCAUCAGAUUUUCUGAGCCUGGAGGAGGAGGAGGUGUGGCGCUGCGCGCUGGCGUGGGCCAAGCAGCGCGCGGGGGUGACGCAGCCCACCGCGCACUGGACGGAGGAGGAGCGGGCGCGCGUGUGCCACCACCUGGCGCCGCUCAUGCAGCACGUCCGCCUGCUGCUCAUCGAUAGCUCAGUGUUCGCUGAGGAGGUGGAGCCGACGGGAGCGGUGCCCAUGGAACUGUCGCUGGAACGCUAUCGAAGAGCCGCCCUGCACGCCGCGCCGCGACCCGACCCCGACAAGCGGACCCAACCUCGGUUAGCCGUGAAUAUGUUUUCGGGCUCCACAAUCCUGCAGCAAGACAAGAGUGCAUUCCAGGCACUCAUCAAUAGCUGGUGCGGCACGCCCAAGCAGAGCUGGCGCCUGGUGUUCCGCGCGUCGGCGCACGGCUUCGCGGCGCCGGCCUUCCACUCGCACUGCGACGGCGUCGCGCCCGUGCUGCUACUCGUGCAGCUGUCGCGCGGCGCCGUGAUCGGCGGCUUUUGCUCGGCGGCGUGGGCGGCCGGCGGCGCGGGCGGCUACGUGCCGGCGGAGCGCGGCUUCCUGUUCUCGCUGGGCGAGUCGCCGCAGCGGCACCCGCUCGUCAAGAAGGCCUUCGCGCUGUGCUACCACCCCGACUGCGGGCCGGUGUUCGGCGCCGGCGCAGACCUGCUGCUGGCGCACCACUGCCACGCCAACUGCGACAGCUACAGCAACCUGCACUCGUACGGCGACGCGGCCGCGCCCGCCUCGCUGGCGCACGACUACAACUUCACCGUGCGCGACUACGAGCUGUUCACCCUCGACCACUAGCGCGCGCCGGUGGACCCGUCCCCUUAUUCACACUGGAGCGGCUGACUGCCUGUCCCUAUACAAAUUACAUCUUUUUAGUCCCCAUUGGAAGCGCCACAUGUGACAAACGAGUGUCUCUGGAACUAAUUAUAUAGUGGAUUAAAGUCAUCCAAUUUAAAAAAAAAAAUAGAAGCAGAUGACCUACCUUAUUGUAAGUGGGAAACCAUCGCUUUAACAAUGUAACAUCUAUGUAUCAAUAGUAUUAUUUUAAAUAAUAAAAUGAUUUAAAAAAAAUA